GGACGAUCUGUCUAUAGCUCACCCAUCUACACGUGGCCAGAUGACAUCGUUGUUGCUUUAUAGGUAGCAUAAGGUUUCUGAGAGGUUUUCCUCUCAGUCGACCGUUGCGUUUGCUAACUCCAGAUCGCCAUGUAUCUUCGAACAUUGCUCGCGGCCAUUCUGGGAGCUGCGUCGUGGGCAGACCAUGUGGCAGCCGACUUGAGAAUCACAAAAGAUCUACAUUCUUGGGGUGGAGUCAAUUUUCCCGGGUUGCAAUUCCUGCCCCCGAAGAAGAGAGAUGAGGUUAUUCGGCAAAUCGUGAAGAGCAAUGCUAGGGUGAUUCGACUGCAUAUUCGACCAUAUGAUAAACCCUUCUAUCCUGAUCCCGAGCUUGAACCCGGAACUUUUGCUCGCGGGAUGCUUGAUGUGUAUGAUGACACACUUGCUGCUAUUCACCGGAUUUCAAAGGGACAAGUCAAGGUCAUCAUUUCACCUCACGAUGCUCACGCCCUGAGGAAGACGAACGACGUUCCGUGCGACUCGUAUUGCGAGAAGCUCGAUGGCGCGUUCCUAGAUUUCUACAGUAACGUAGAAUAUCGAGAUCAGUACAAGACAAGGCUUGAAGUACUUUUCAAGCAGUAUCCAUCGAAGAAUUUCGAUGAACGGCCGUGGAGCACAUUGAACGAAGUCAUUCUUGGAGUUGAUGUGCAGAACCAGCCAUGGUCAGGGAUCUAUCCCAUCGUGUCUGGCGAGUCGUGGCUCUGUGACGUUGCCACGCAUCUGAAGGAUGACCUAGAACUCGGUCAGAACAACAUCGCCGUCAUUGCGGCUGGUGUCUCUGGUCCACAAACCAUUGAUGAGGACCAGAACUUCCCCGAUACAGUCUUCGAUUGCAAUGCUAUCGAUGCCAUUGGAAUACACGGCUACUUCCAACAGGAAGAGGAUGCCACUGCCGGUACUCCAUGGGCGAACCUCUUCCUCCCCGGAAACACUCUUACUGCACGUGCGGAGAAGGAGAACAAGUUGCUCUUCGUCGAGGAAAUGGCUUUCACUAACACCAAGUUGGGUCUGCAUUAUAAGAAGCAAGCUAUCUGGGAUCAAGGUGCUGCACUGAAUCUUCGUGGAAUUCCUUGGCUAUACUCCCAUCUCUCCAUGCCUGAGAAAGGUGAGGGAACCACCUCACGGGUAGACAUCCUCCGUGAUCCCAAGAUAUCCGCUCUGGGUGCUCUUCAAGACAUCCUCAAACGCGCCUACACAUCCCGUUCAAACUCAGACUGGUCGACCUACAUCUCUCCCCCACUCCAAGGACUCACUAAUAACACCUUACUCCCCCUGAACCCGUACGUCCCCGAGCAAUCCGCCUGCACCUUCGGCUGCCUAGGCUGGCUCUGCGACUCAGCCGACGGCUGCGAGCCGGACCUCCUUUGCAAAAACUCCAUCUGCACCAAGCCCGCCGACUCGCAACCCGGCAAUGCUGGCGCCACCUGCAACAGCAAAGCCGUCUGCCAGGAGCACCUCCGCUGCGAAGACGGCCUCUGCCAGCCCUGCAUCUCCCGCGUCGUCAAGCAGCCCGACGACAUGCGGAAGACCGCCAACGUCCACGACGACUUCAGCUACUGCUUCCCGGAUACGCACGACCCGUUCCUCAUGCGCAAUAUCUGCCUCAAGCCGCAGCCUUUCGGGUCGUCGUUGCGGAGAGGGAAUCCCUGCGCGAAUGCGAUGCACUGCGAUGCUAAUGAGUUCUGCGACUGGGGCCUGUGUAAGCCGUGUAAAGAAGGGUGUUUGGGGAUGAAGUGUAAGAGCUCGAAUAAGUGUAAGACGGGGUACUGUAAUAUGUAUGGCCGCUGUGACUACCCGGGGAAGAAGAAGAAGAUACACGGUCCUGGAGCGUGGGCCGGCAAGACGAGACCUGAGCCCAAGGGCAAGGGACUCGGACAGCAGGGUAAGGGAGGCGCGAAUAAGGUGUGGGAUGUGCCGAUGAAGGUUAAUAUUCCGAAGGAAUCUGUGAAGGCUACUGGGGCGCCGGUGCCGACGUAGUUGGGUAAUGUUCCGACGAUUUGUACAAUUUUCUUGAUAUCUUUUCGUGGCGUUGGUUGAUGGUACUAUUUCCUGGAAAUGAAAUAAAACAAUAUAGCCUGAGCAUGCGAGACUG